AUGCACCACUGGUGUUGUCUCUGCCAUGCACCACUGGUGGUGUCUCUGCCAUGCACCACUGGUGGUGUCUCUGCCAUGCACCACUGGUGGUGUCUCUGCCAUGCACCACUGGUGGUGUCUCUGCCAUGCACCACUGGUGGUGUCUCUGCCAUGCACCACUGGUGGUGUCUCUGCCAUGCACCACUGGUGGUGUCUCUGCCAUGCACCACUGGUGGUGUCUCUGCCAUGCACCACUGGUGGUGUCUCUGCCAUGCACCACUGGUGGUGUCUCUGCCAUGCACCACUGGUGGUGUCUCUGCCAUGCACCACUGGUGGUGUCUCUGCCAUGCACCACUGGUGGUGUCUCUGCCAUGCACCACUGGUGGUGUCUCUGCCAUGCACCACUGGUGGUGUCUCUGCCAUGCACCACUGGUGGUGUCUCUGCCAUGCACCACUGGUGGUGUCUCUGCCAUGCACCACUGGUGUUGUCUCUGCCAUGCACCACUGGUGGUGUCUCUGCCAUGCACCACUGGUGGUGUCUCUGCCAUGCACCACUGGUGGUGUCUCUGCCAUGCACCACUGGUGGUGUCUCUGCCAUGCACCACUGGUGGUGUCUCUGCCAUGCACCACUGGUGGUGUCUCUGCCAUGCACCACUGGUGGUGUCUCUGCCAUGCACCACUGGUGGUGUCUCUGCCAUGCACCACUGGUGGUGUCUCUGCCAUGCACCACUGGUGGUGUCUCUGCCAUGCACCACUGGUGGUGUCUCUGCCAUGCACCACUGGUGGUGUCUCUGCCAUGCACCACUGGUGGUGUCUCUGCCAUGCACCACUGGUGGUGUCUCUGCCAUGCACCACUGGUGUUGUCUCUGCCAUGCACCACUGGUGGUGUCUCUGCCAUGCACCACUGGUGGUGUCUCUGCCAUGCACCACUGGUGGUGUCUCUGCCAUGCACCACUGGUGGUGUCUCUGCCAUGCACCACUGGUGGUGUCUCUGCCAUGCACCACUGGUGGUGUCUCUGCCAUGCACCACUGGUGGUGUCUCUGCCAUGCACCACUGGUGGUGUCUCUGCCAUGCACCACUGGUGGUGUCUCUGCCAUGCACCACUGGUGGUGUCUCUGCCAUGCACCACUGGUGGUGUCUCUGCCAUGCACCACUGGUGGUGUCUCUGCCAUGCACCACUGGUGGUGUCUCUGCCAUGCACCACUGGUGGUGUCUCUGCCAUGCACCACUGGUGGUGUCUCUGCCAUGCACCACUGGUGGUGUCUCUGCCAUGCACCACUGGUGGUGUCUCUGCCAUGCACCACUGGUGUUGUCUCUGCCAUGCACCACUGGUGGUGUCUCUGCCAUGCACCACUGGUGGUGUCUCUGCCAUGCACCACUGGUGGUGUCUCUGCCAUGCACCACUGGUGGUGUCUCUGCCAUGCACCACUGGUGGUGUCUCUGCCAUGCACCACUGGUGGUGUCUCUGCCAUGCACCACUGGUGGUGUCUCUGCCAUGCACCACUGGUGGUGUCUCUGCCAUGCACCACUGGUGGUGUCUCUGCCAUGCACCACUGGUGGUGUCUCUGCCAUGCACCACUGGUGGUGUCUCUGCCAUGCACCACUGGUGGUGUCUCUGCCAUGCACCACUGGUGGUGUCUCUGCCAUGCACCACUGGUGGUGUCUCUGCCAUGCACCACUGGUGUUGUCUCUGCCAUGCACCACUGGUGGUGUCUCUGCCAUGCACCACUGGUGGUGUCUCUGCCAUGCACCACUGGUGGUGUCUCUGCCAUGCACCACUGGUGGUGUCUCUGCCAUGCACCACUGGUGGUGUCUCUGCCAUGCACCACUGGUGGUGUCUCUGCCAUGCACCACUGGUGGUGUCUCUGCCAUGCACCACUGGUGUUGUCUCUGCCAUGCACCACUGGUGGUGUCUCUGCCAUGCACCACUGGUGGUGUCUCUGCCAUGCACCACUGGUGUUGUCUCUGCCAUGCACCACUGGUGGUGUCUCUGCCAUGCACCACUGGUGGUGUCUCUGCCAUGCACCACUGGUGGUGUCUCUGCCAUGCACCACUGGUGUUGUCUCUGCCAUGCACCACUGGUGGUGUCUCUGCCAUGCACCACUGGUGGUGUCUCUGCCAUGCACCACUGGUGGUGUCUCUGCCAUGCACCACUGGUGGUGUCUCUGCCAUGCACCACUGGUGGUGUCUCUGCCAUGCACCACUGGUGUUAUGGGGAAGUUGCGGAGUUUUCUCUGAUACCCGUCGAAGCUGUGGCUAAUAUCGUGGCCAACACUAGGGAGUACAAGGCCAACUGCAACCUUGUCAUUAUCGACUUCCUUAUAAGACACGGCAUGAUCUCUCCCGAUUCAUCCGGCUAUCUCGAGCUGCUGACCGGCCUUCGCCAGGGCUCCUGUGCCUGA